AUGAGCGUCCAACUCCUCGCCGAUGCCGCCAGGCAGCAUGUGCCUUACAUCUCCCUCAUCCUGUUCGUGGGAUUGCCCAUUUUUUACAUGGUCUACAAUGCCAUUUACAACUUGUACUUCCACCCGCUCGCCAAGUACCCGGGUCCUUUAAUUUGCCGCAUCAGCCGUCUUCCAUGGGAUAGCUGGCAAUUGCGCGGUCGUCUCCAGGACAACGUCUCCAAGAUCCACUUCAAGUACGGUGACGCCGUCCGCAUUGCGCCCAACGAGCUCUCCUUCACCAGCCAACAGGCCUGGAACGACAUCUACAGUGUCGGUAAAGGCAAGGAGCAAUGGCCUCGUCACCCUCGCCGUGUCCCGCAGGGCAAGAACGCUCCUAUGUCCAUCAUGAAUACCGUUCCCCGCGAGCAUGCUCGUUUCCGCCGUCUCUUGAACCACGCUUUCUCCGAGAAGGGUCUCCAGGAGCAGGCACCUAUCAUGAACAAGUACAUCGAUCUCCUCGUCAAGAAAAUCGGCAUCCUCGCUGAGCAGGGCAAAUCCACCGACUUCACCUCCUGGUUGCACAUGUGCACUUUCGACAUCAUCAGUGACCUGGGCUGGAAUGAGCCUUUCAACUGUGUCGAGAAGGAGACCGAGCACAGCUGGAUCAAGACUAUCGUCACCACUGCCUUCGACACUCAGCUCAAGCUCGUUCUUCGUGAGAAUGGCUUCGUGUGGGCCGCGCCAUACUUUAUUCCCAAGCGUCUCCAGCAGGAUCGUCUUGAAAACUUCAAGUACGCUACUGCGCGUGUUGAGGACCGCAUCAACUCCGGAGGUGUCAGGGGUGAUUUUUGGGACAGAGUCAUGAUCAAGUCGGUCGAUGGCAACGAAGCCGGCGAAGGUCUUACCAAGCGCGAGAUGGUUGUCACGGCCGUCACCCUCGUCGGUACUGGCUCCGAGACCGUCUCUACCCUCCUCACCGGCAUGGUCUACUUCCUCGGCACCAACCUCAACAUCUUGAACCGUCUCGAGGCUGAGAUCCGCGACACAUUCACCAGCUACGACGACAUCACCCUGCCCAACUUGAACAAGCUUCCCUACCUCACCGCCUGCUUGCAGGAGACCAUGCGCCUGUACCCACCGGUCGUCGGUCUCCUCUGGCGUGUUCCUCCCGCCGGUGGUGCUCGUGUCAUGGGCGAGUACAUUCCCGAAGGUACUUCCGUCAACAUGUCCCUCCCUGGCAUGUUCAAGAACCCCAAGAACUUCGCUCGUCCCACCGACUUCGUCCCCGAGCGCUGGCUCGCCCACGCUCCCGCCGAGUUCGCCCACGACAACAAGGCCAUCUUCAAGCCUUUCAGCAUGGGCGCUAUGAACUGCCUCGGCCAGAACCUCGCCAACGCCGAAUCCCGUCUCAUCAUGGCUAAGAUCUUGUAUAAGUACAACAUGGAACUUGACGCCGAGAAGACUCCGGCAGAUUGGCUCGACCAGAAGUCCUGGGCUGUGUUUGUCAAGAAACACAUGCACGUGCGCUUCAGCGUCGCCGCCAAAUGA